GUGAAAGCGAGUUCUUGCUGUGAUAUCAAUUCAAGACAUUUGGCGGAUUGGUCAUGUCAGUUGAGUUACCUGAAGCUAAAGCUGAUACUCUCCAAGAAGUCUUCUCAGACAAGUUCCAGUAUAUCAAUCUAGAUCAUUAUAAUAUUUAUCAUUUCGAGGAAAUUUUGAUUGAUGGUCGACGAUAUCAAUUCCGAUUAUCUUCAAAAGGUGAUUUAAUGACAGUGGUCACUCAUAUAGCUGGAAGAGCUGUUCUUUUGGUAUCUGUAUGGACAAAUAUGGAUUAUGAGAAACGUUUACGUGAAAUCCAUCAGCACAUUUUAGAAAUGGAACGUACUGGGACUAUUCCUAUCGAUUUUCGAGACCCAGGAAAAUUGAAAGGUCUUCGUGAGAAAAUAUUCAGAUAGAUCUAGUCAACCAAACCUAUUGAUCCGUUACAUUUGAUGAGGUAUGCUUGGUCGAGGAGGUGGAGGAAAUGAACAAACUGUAUCAUGAUUCUUAACUUGUCUCACUCUCUCUCUCCUAUAUAUAUAUAUAUAUAUAUAUA